AUGCCCCUUUCGGUGCCUUAUAUAGACAAAACAAAAAGUAAUACUGCUGAAGCAGUUGACGAUAAUGUACCUAUGCAUUUAUAUCGUACGCCUACAAGUCCAGGAUUGACGGAUCCCGAUGCAGCCUCAAGAAUGUCUGUUAUGGAUGAAAUUUUGAAUAAGUCGGACCUGGAGCUAGGUGGCCCUGGUGGUCCAUUAAAUGAUAAAUCUCAAGACGAUCUAGUGUCCAAAAUAAUACAUCAGUCUGACGACUAUAGGUUUGUUACAUUUAAUAUCCCGAAUAAUAUAGAUAAUUUGAAACAUACGAAAGAUAAUUAUAAGAAAAGAGUAUCAUUCGAUACUAUCAACCUACAGGUUGCGAGGGAUCGUUUUGAUUUCGAUGAUGAUGAUUAUUCUUUACCACUGGAAAAUAAAAAGUUUUCUGGUGACUUCAAUCUUAAUUUGUACGAUGGUAAUCGUGGAAGAGAAAGUAUUAGAUCUCCCUCGCCCAAUGGAAGAUCACCAAUGCAUUCGCCCUUGAGAAAUAGCAGUAUGUCAAGAUUUUACAUGGCCCCAAGACCCACUUAUCCUACUUCACCAAUAAUUACACAUAGAGGUUGUACAUAUUCUAGGAUUCAUAAAGACUUUGAAGAUUUAUACGCAAAGAAACUUUUUAAUAAAGAAAAUGGAUACUUAAAGCCCAUAUUACCUCUGAGAACAAUACUUGUAUAUAUUUCGGGACGGAAGCAUACUUGGGUUGCAUUAGACUGGAUUUUAAAUAAAUUCAUAGAAAAUGGUGAUUCAGUUGUUAUAGUUGCAGCAAUAAACCAUGAUUUAGGAACAACAAGAAGAAGAAGUGGGUAUCAUAAACCGUUACCACGAGGUAUUUCACCAAGAGCAAGAUCUCGAAAUAGGCCAGAAAAUAUUAAAGUGAUUGCUGAAAGUAUUAUGAAAUACGCAAUGGAAGUUGUAAAUCCGAAUAUAAUAGCGAAGAUCUCGAUAGAAUUAGCAUUAGGAAAAUCUAAGGACGUUUUGAAAGACAUGUAUAAGUUAUAUGAACCAAAUUUAGUCUCAACUGGUUCGAAAGUAAAUUUAAAAAGGUCUGCACCAUUAAAAUCAUGGACAUCAUCAAAAAUUAGUGAUAGAUUGGUUAAGAAUUUUCCUUUGCCAGUAAUAGUUGUACCUGCUAUGAAAAUGAAUGAUUUUGAAGAAAAUUUGGCUAUAGAAGUUAAUAAGCGAUAUUCUCUUGGAGAAAAAAUAAGUCGUCGCUCAACACAAUCAAGUUCCAAAAACAGUGAGUUUUCAAAUCCUCGUAGUGGAAGAUCUAAAAAUGACGAUGACAAUUAUAGUGAGGCAGAUUCUGACACGUCUUCAAUAGAUUCAGACCUUUCAGUUGAGAGUGAAUCAUAUUCUGCGUAUGAUGAAAUAAGUAAGCUUUAUGAAGAAUAUAAGCAGACUGUCUCCAGAAACUUGAAGCAUACUCGAGAGCAGCCCGUAGACGAGAACUAUUUUGCUAAUUGCUUGAAGGUUAUUUCAGACGAAUCUACCUAUUUAUGUCAAGAAAUUAGGAAUAUUAAUCCGGGCUUUCAAGGCAAAGGUUCAAAUUUGGCCAAGGCAAUCACAGGUUCCAAUUCAUUUGGUGUAAUUCCCUACAAGGCAAAGUCUCUCCUUAUACCGGAACCUGAAAGUAGUGAUUCUGUUAGCCAGUCGCCUGGACCUCCAGGUUUAUCCUACAAGGAAUUGAAGAGAAAUUUGAAGUUGAACGCCCAAAAAAAUCAACAACCAAAACCGCCCCAAAUAAAUGUAGAGCGUGCACUAUCUGACGAGUCAAUAUCUCGUCCACCUAAGACUUCUGCAUUAAAGUUCGUUGACUUAGAAAAGCCAUCGAAAGAUAAAACUAGAAACCCUUCUAGUUAUCAUAAGUUAGGUAAGUCUUUAUCUCAUGAUAUUGAUUCUAGUACGAGUAGACCUAAAAUUGAACAUACUAGAUCACACCCAGACUUCACUACUAUUGGCCAUGUUAAUGGUAAGGAGGAAAAUGACAAAAAGAAUAAAAAGAAGAAAAAGAAACGAUUCUUGGGUCUAUUUUAG